GUAAAAAAAUAUCAAGAUCAACCUUGGUAGUUUGAUUUUGACUUCCUCUAAAAUUUCAGAGAAUACUCCCCACACACACUCUCUGUCGCUCUCACUGAAACUUUCUCAAUACGAACUUUUUGAUUGAUGGAUUCAUUCAUGAGACCUGAGAUUAGCUGCUGAACUCCCCUGAAGAGGGAAGCCUAGGAUUUUCAGGGUUACCUUCAAUUUUUCCUGAAAUAAACUGGGUUUGAUUGAAUGUUACGCAGUCAUUCAGGAAUCUUCAUGUAAUUUAAGAAAAUGGGCAAUUCUCAAUUUUUGAAAAGAUUAUAUCUUUUUGGCAAUCUUUUGCUGCUGCUACUUGUUGUGGAUUCUUCUGAUGUCAAUUUCAAGGUAAAUGGUGGUUUGAAGGGCAAUAAUCCUUCAAUUGCUAACAAUAAUGGUACUAAGAAUUCAAAUGAGCAAGUUACCCUAGUAGUGAAGAAGGAAGAACAAUUAGAAAUUUCAAAUGGGGUUGUACAUAAAGAUCUUGGUAGUAGCAAUUUUAAUGAGUCAUUACAGUCUAAAGAAGGUCAGAAUCAGAAAAUUGAUGAUGAUAGUACAAAUGAAUCAAAUGAUGAGUUGAAAAAUAAGGUUGAUGAGAGUGGCAACAACAACAUAGUAGGGUUAGGAGAAGUGAUUGAUUCUAAAAAUGAGGCUAAAAAGGAUGGAACUGGCGAAUCGAGUAGCUCCUUGAUUGGCAUUGAGAAGGAGAAGUUGCAAGACGAUGAAUGUGAUCCAUCUAAUAUGUGUGUUGAUCCAAAGAAGAAUUUAACUGCCUGUUUAAGAGUUCCAGGCAAUGAUUCUCCAGAUCUUUCACUUCUGAUCCGGAAUAAAGGAUCAGAGCCUGUAACUGUCACCAUUAUAGCUCCUGAAUAUGUUCAAUUGGAGGAAACAAAAGUUCUACUUCAACAAAAAGAAGACAAAAAGGUUAAGGUAACGGUGGCAUAUGAGGCACAAGAUAGCUUAAUUUUAUUAACAACAGAAAAUAGCCGUUGCACUCUCGACUUCAAAGAGUUGAUUCCACGUGAUUCGAGAGUAGAGGCCCGUUAUGUUUUCAAGUUCAGAUAUUUCAGCAACUUAACCAGAAUUCAGUGUAUGAUACUCUUAACCCUAUCUGCAUUUCUGGUGUUUGGAACUGCUUGGAUGUGUUCUGGUAUGUGUAAGAAGCUAUAUCAAGGGAACCGGUAUCAACCCAUCGACACAGAGCUACCACUUUCAGUAGUGUCUAAAGUGGGUCCCGAAUCAGGUGAUGGCUGGGACGACAGUUGGGACGACCACUGGGAUGAUGAGGAAGCGCCCAAGACUCCAUCGUUGCCUCUUACACCGAGUCUUUCAUCUAGAGGCCUUGCCUCUCGGCGUCUUAUCAAGGAUGGGUGGAAAGAUUAACUUAUAUCAUUGAAAACAAGAUCAAACACACAAUCGAAAACAAGAUCUAGAUUGGGUCUUAUAUAGGAAUUUAGGACUCAUAUAGGAAGAAAGUUUUGUACUUCUAUUGUGCGACAUUGUAACUAUUCUUUGGCCCUGUUCUUUUUGGCUUAAUUUCACUUUCAAAGUCUAUUUUUCA